GUGCCUCGCGGCGGGCCGGGCCUGACUCGCCUCGCUUGGGAGCGCGAGUCUGAGUUGAACCCCGGACGACGCGCGGAGCGGCCGGCGCAGUCAUGGCGGACUACUGGAAGUCACAACCAAAGAAAUUCUGUGAUUACUGCAAGUGCUGGAUAGCAGACAAUAGGCCUAGUGUUGAAUUUCAUGAAAGAGGAAAGAAUCAUAAGGAAAAUGUGGCAAAAAGGAUCAGUGAGAUUAAACAGAAAAGCCUGGAUAAGGCAAAGGAAGAAGAAAAGGCGUCAAAGGAGUUUGCUGCAAUGGAGGCAGCUGCCCUAAAAGCAUACCAAGAGGAUUUGAAAAGGCUUGGCUUAGAGUCAGAAAUUUCAGAACCGAGCGUAUCACCAGUAACCAGCACUGUUCCACCCACCUCUACAUCAAAUCAACAGAAAGAACAGAAAGAAAAGAAGAAGAAAAAAAAAGAUCCUUCAAAAGGCAGAUGGGUAGAAGGUAUAACCUCUGAGGGUUACCAUUACUACUAUGAUCUUAUCUCAGGAGCAUCUCAGUGGGAGAAACCUGAAGGAUUUGAAGGAAACUUAAAAAAGACAGCAGUGAAGACCAUUUGGGUAGAAGGUUUAAGCGAAGAUGGUUAUACCUACUAUUAUAAUACAGAAACAGGAGAAUCCAGAUGGGAGAAACCUGAUGAUUUCAUUCCACACACUGGUGAUCUGCCUUCUAGUAAAGUCAAUGAAAAGUCACCUGACAACCUAGAAGAAUCCAAAUCAUCAGAUUCACAUAGUGAUUCCGAUGGGGAAAAGGAAGCAGAAGGAGGAGAGGUCUCUACAGAAACAAAAAAAACAAAAAUAAAAUUUAAGGAAAAAAAAAAUAGUGAUGAAGGAACUGACCCAGAAAUACAGAAAGAAAAAAGUAUUCCAAAACAGAAUUCGUUGGGUUCAAAUGAAGAAAAAUCCAAAACCCUUAAAAAAACAAACCCCUAUGGAGAAUGGCAAGAAAUUAAACAAGAGGUCGAGUCUCAUGAGGAGGUAGAUUUGGAACUUCCAAGUGCUGAAAAUGAGUAUGUAUCAACUUCGGAAGCUGAUGGUGGGGAACCCAAAGUGGUAUUUAAAGAAAAAACAGUCACUUCUCUUGGAGUUGUGGCAGAGGGAGUGGCCCCAGUCUUCAAAAAGAGAAGAAUUGAAAAUGGAAAAUCUAGAAAUUUAAGGCAACGAGGUGAUGAUCAAUAAUUGUAAGAGGGCUUUUCGUAUAGGCUUUUUGGACAGAAUAGAGACUUAAUACAUCUUAAAACUUGUCUGUGUUUGUUUCUAAGUACUUUCAUGCUAAAAAUUUAGAUUCAUUCUAAAUGUAUUUCAUGUGAAUUAAAAUAAAUCUUUUCAUGUGAAA